CAUCGUUAGAAGAGCCACACCGCAGCAGUACAAUUCAAGUGUUGGCGCGACCUGUAACACCAUUAUACAGUGUCUUCGAUACCCUUGCCCACUAGCAAUUUUAUUUUUUUUACUUUUUAUAUUUUUUUCGUAAAGAUAGGAUAUAUGUAGUCUUAUCAUACAUUUGACACAUGUGCAAGUUUUUGUAAACGAACACCUUGCCCCACGGGCUGUGAUUCGCGUGACCAGGAGAGCUUUAUUAUCAUCAUGAUACUAGACAUGCUGGAAAGCGCCCUCUGCAUACCGAAGCUUUACUACGGCGCGCUUUUCGGUCUCGGUUUCUGCGUUUACUACCUCUUCGAAGUUGUCAAGACACCAAGAUUGUACUGUGCUUCCAACUGCGAGGACUUGAACGAAGUCAUCGAGCACGUGCACCGGCUCCACCCAAACAUGCCCAUUGCAGCCACAGGUAUUUCAAUGGGAGGGUUGAUACUCGGCAACUACUUGAUCCAGAAGGGAAGAGCCGCCAUCGGCAAACUAAAAGCCGGUCUCGCCAUAUCCGUGCCCUGGAACGUGUUCGAAGCGACGAAAAGCAUCGAAAAGCCAUACUUGAAUCUGAUGCUAAACUGGCAUCUUUGCGAUAGUCUUCGGAAAAAUGUGACACGACACAUGGACGACGAAAUAAGGGAACAGCUGGGCAAGGGUUUGGAUAUCGAAACAGCGUUGAAGAGUACAACGGUUCGCGAAUUCGAUGAAUACUUUACGGCAAGGCACUUUGGCUACAAGGACGUUCAGGAUUAUUAUUCAACAGCCACUCUUCACGAUAAAUUACACCGAGUGGAAGUUCCUCUUCUCUGUCUCAGCGCUGCGGAUGACCCAUUUCAACCGCUGGAAGGUAACCCCGAAGACUUUUGUUCGAAAAAAAAAAACUUUUACCAUCGACUUUCCAAGAGCUGUCAGAACUUGACUUUGGGAUUGAAUAUUCAUUGUAGGAAACCUAAUCGUCGAUCUGACACGUUCAAACGCUAA